AUGACCUCACAGCUGCCCGCGCACUUCGCUUUCGCCACACUGGUGCCGUGGAGAUCGCCGCAGCGACCUUGCAGGCUCGCUUCACCAGACUCAGGAUCUGAGGGCCACUGGCACACAGAGAGGAUCGCGUCCCUGGCGUCUGAGUGCACCAGCUUGCUGGUGCCAUGCACGUUCGAAACGCGGUACGAGAAGUCAAUGAUGAAGAAAUUAAUGGAACAGCUCGAGCCGCACCGUGACCUCUGCGUGUUCUUGCUGCAGUUGCUUGAGGUCCCGCGUGAACUGAGCUGGGAAUGCGUGCAGACGGUCAUGGCGCGCCACGACGCGCUUCUGGCCGUCGGUGCUGACGGGGUGUUGCUGGAUCCUGGUGACAACCCAGAUGAGCUGCGCCAAAAACUCAACAUCGAGCGGUCUUGGUUCGAAGCGACUGAAAGGCGUGCACAUUCGAUGAUCGUUUUUGACGACGACAAUUUCCAGCGCAUGUUGGAUUAUCACCACAGGCUGCUCUGGGAGGCCGCCCCGAAAGCUCUGAUGCCCGAUUUCGACCCAAUCGAUCGCAACCUCGUGGAGACGGCCAACAGGGUGGGCGAUUACGAACUGACCAAUCGUUUUAACACAAGGAGCGGCACCGUAUUGCUUGCCAAGCGGAGCGAGUCUGAGCGAGUUGUCCUCAAGGUCUACGACAAGUCGGACCGCGUAUCUGCUGCAGACCUGGAGUGCAUCCAUCGCGAACUGUGUUUCUUGAGGGACAUGCUGAGGCACGCGCACAUCGUCCGUUGCUGUGACAUGUGUGAACCCUCCCGCACAUCGUCAGUUUCUCCCGGGUGUACUUGA